AUGGGUGGCGAUGGCGGCGGCGGCAGCGCCUUGAAGGACAUCAUGUCGGGGACCGUGGCUGGCUUCGCGCAAGUAGCAGUAGGGCACCCCCUGGACACCAUCAAGGUGCGGCUCCAGACACAGUCCAGCACUAACCCGGAGUUCUCGGGCAUGGUGGACUGCUUCCGCAAGACGAUGGCGCGAGAGGGGGCUUCGGGCUUGUACGCGGGGGCGGCGGCGCCGCUGUGGGGGGCCAUGGCGCACAACGCCGGCGUGUUCUUCAGCUACGGCAUGUCCAAGAAGAUUGUCGGGGGCGGGAAGGAGCUGACGAUCCCCCAGUACUACGCUGCCGGAUCUCUGGCGGCUAUCCCUAUCUCGGUGGUGGAGGCGCCAGUGGAUCUGUUCAAGAUCAAGCUUCAGGCACAGGUGGGCAAGGGCGAGUACGACGGGGUGUUCGAUUGCGGCAGGAAGAUCUUCAAGUCCUACGGCAUCAAGGGGGCGUACCAGGGCUUCUCCGCCGUCCUCCUCAGGAACAUCCCUUGCUUCGGCGCGUACUUCUUCUGCUUCGAGGGAACCAAGCAGGCCUUCACCAAGCCAGGAGAGCAGCCUUCGCUCACGACCUGCUUCGCCGGGGGCGCCGCGGCCGGGGCCGGGUUCUGGGGUGUGUGGUACCCCCUAGAGACCCUCAAGACUCGGAUGCAGGGCGACCACGUGGACCCGUCCAAGAGACUGUACUCCGGGUUGGUGGACUGCUUCAAGAAGACCAUGGCGGAGGGGGGCGCGGCGUUCUACAAGGGCUUCACGCCGUCCAUCACUCGGGCGAUGCCGGUGAACGGGGCCAUCUUUACCGGGUUCACCGCGGCGCAGAGAGCGCUGGCUUGAUCGAGGGGAAACGGCUGUUGUUUUGAUCGGCGUGCGCGCGUGUGCUGCGCGCGUUCCCUGCCCACACCGGGCCUAUCUGUCUGCAGCAGUACGAACGAAAUGGAACCGCUCCUGCUGCUGCUGCUGCCGCUGGAACGGCAAGAUGCCUUUGCAUGCGGGGGGGCAUGAGCGAACACAGUUCGUUGUGCCUUGCGAGGGUGUCGGGGUGGGCGGGUGAGUUGGGGGACGAUGACGGUGGUGUAAUGAUGGGACGUCUGUGCGAGCGCGCCGUCGCUUUGCGCUGGAUAUCGCGCCCGUCAGGCGGUGGUAUUUCUUGUACAUGUUGUUGUGUCCCGGUCGCCCGCCUUUUGCGUGACAAAUCAGGUUUCGUUCGUUCCUUCUGUUUUUUUUCUUCUUUUUUUGUGAUUUCUGUUCUGUUUUUUUUUUUUGCUCUUUUGUGAUUUUUUUUUUUGUUCUUCUCGGUCGUUCUUGUUGCUGCUGCCGUAGAGGGAAACAUAACAAAAGUACGAAACAAACGGAGCGGAAAAUGAAAAAAAUGUUCUAGAGUGGUGAAAAAACGAGGACUAGCAAAAAUCACAUCACAUUUUUGAGCCGCAGCCGCGCCUGCGGCGGGCGGGCGGGCGGGCGGCGUUGAGGCGCCUGGGAGGUGGGGGAGGCGGAAUCCAAACAUGCAUGUAUGUUUCUUGGUACAGCGUUUUAUUUGUGGAAUCGAAUCGAAUGGCAAGAGCUUGAGGGGGUGUCGUCGUCGCCCCCUGGAAAACGUGGAAGAAAAAGCAGGAAAACAUUUUGGGAGGUUGAAACGCGAUGAGUUUUUGUAGCGGAAGGAUUUUCUUGGCCAUGCCUCUGCCAAAAGCAUUAGGUGGUUUGGACGAUAGGGAUGGGAUACAUACGAGACGACGACAACGAUGACAGCUGGUUUUUCUGUUUUAGCAAAAACGUGUUUUAGUCGGGCUUGGUUUCGGUUGGUUGGAAAGAUGAGCGAGGAAGAAACAGGCCCGUCGUUUUACGCCCCGUCAGCGGAACCCUUUGCUGCGCGCGCGACACUGCACCUAGCUAGGCGUUUUGUGCGAUUCGACUGAAAAAGAGUCGGCUUCUCUCGUCGUUGGUCUCGUUGGCAGGCAGAGUGUAAUACCUUGCCGGCUUUUCGGCUGGCUGUGUCGGUGUUCAGAGCACUUUAUUUUUGCCACCAGUAACAUUUUUUUUUUUUUUUUUGCUGCGUGGAGGGUUGUGUAGGCUGUCUAACACCUUUGCGGUGGCUGCUUGCCGCCUACUACGCGCACGGUGUUGCAGGAGCAUCUACGUCAGCUCCCCACGACCAGAGAAGUCAAGUCUACACAGACACUGCUGUUGCUGCGCACCGCGGCGUGUGGAUACGCCGCUUUCGGUGGUGGGAACGUGUGUGUGGGUUGCCACUUUUUUUGGACGGCGUGCCCUCGGCGGGGUUUCGCUCUACCGUAAUAGUUCAAGGAAGAACACAU